UAUCUUACCACCCAUUUGAAAGGAUCUCAUUUUUAUUGAUCUUUAGCAAAGACCCAUAAAAAUUAGAGAAUUUUUUAAAAAAUAUUCAUUUCAGGGGUUGGUGAAUCUUCACAUAUAUAUAUAUAUAUACACAUGAUAUAGAUAUAUAGAUACAAAAUUCAACUAGAAGAAGAAUUGAAAGAUGGGUUCAUAUGGAAUGUUAGCAAAGAGGGUUGUGCUUACUGAAACACCUGUUAUGGUUCAGAUACAAGAAUUGCUUAGAGGUGUCAAAGGUGCUAUCUCCCUAGCUCAGGGUGUUGUGUACUGGCAACCACCCAAAUCAGCAUUAGAGAAAGUGCAAGACCUUGUAUGGGAACCUUCAAUCAGUCGAUAUGGUGCAGAUGAAGGUCUUCCAGAGCUUAGGGAGGCAUUGACUAAGAAGUUGCAAGAUGAAAAUAAGUUAUGCAAAUCCUCAGUGAUGGUUACUGCAGGUGCAAAUCAGGCAUUUGUGAAUAUUGUUCUUACACUUUGUGAUGCUGGGGAUUCUGUUGUUAUGUUUGCGCCAUACUACUUCAACGCAUAUAUGUCAUUCCAGAUGACAGGUGUCACUGACAUUCUAGUUGGUCCCGGUGAUCCAAAGACACUUCAUCCAGAUGCAGAUUGGCUAGAAAGAACUUUGCGGGAAACCAAACCAACACCUAAGCUUGUUACAGUUGUUAAUCCCGGCAACCCAUCUGGAACUUACAUCCCAGAACCCCUUCUGAAGAAAAUAUCAGAUAUCUGCAAAAAUGCUGGAUGCUGGCUUGUUGUAGAUAACACAUACGAGUACUUUAUGUAUGAUGGUCUGAAGCACUCUUGUAUUGAAGGAAAUCACAUUGUCAACAUUUUUUCUUUCUCUAAGGCUUACGGGAUGAUGGGUUGGCGAGUUGGAUAUAUAGCAUUUCCUUCAGAGGUUGAAGGUUUUGCAUCACAACUCCUUAAAAUCCAGGAUAACAUACCCAUAUGUGCUUCAAUAAUAUCACAAAGACUAGCACUUCACUCGAUGGAAGUGGGUUCACAAUGGGUCAAAAAUCAAGUUAAAGAUCUUGUCAAAAACCGUGAACUUCUUAUUGAUGCGUUAUCACCAUUAGGGGAGGGUGCGAUCAAAGGUGGAGAAGGGGCCAUAUACCUUUGGGCUAAGUUACCUGAGAAGUUCACAGAUGCCUUUGAAGUGGUCCGUUGGCUUGCUAAUAAGCAUGGUGUGGUUCUAAUCCCUGGUGGCCCGUGUGGGUGUCCUGGUCAUCUUAGGAUCUCAUUUGGUGGUCUGAUGGAGAAAGAAUGCCGACUUGCAUCUGAGAGGUUGAAGAAAGGGUUAGAAGAACUGGUGAAGGACGGAAUGGUUUGACUCUGAUCUAUAUAGCGGUCUCUAAAGUGUUAUUGAAAUUGAAGAUAUACAAGUUUAAAAGAUUUAAUUUUACAAUAAGUGAAAGCAAUAGGGCUGAAACCUAAAGGUUUUUUUUUUUUUGAGUGGAUUUGUAUCCAUCAUGUCUUGAAGAUCAACUUAUAUCUCAUCAACUAUUGAUUGAUCAUAUGAAUACAAUGCGUUGUGGUUCACA